AUGGCUACAGAUACACCUCUUGAGGAAUUUGUCAAAAGGCCUCUAUAUGUGUACAAUCUUCCACAGGAACUUCUCUCGACGCUAACCACGAAGCAUGAAAACCAAGCGAUAUUAAGAGCGGACACCCCUGAAGCUGUUGCAGACAAGACCAACGAAGUCGUGUUGGAUCAUGCGGUUGCCUCGACAACAAGUUGUACUCUUUGCAAGGUCUCGUACCUGAACGUCCAAGAACAACGGAGCCAUGUUCGCUCCGACCAUCAUAGAUAUAACCUGAAGGCCCAGCUUAGAGGAGGUUUAACAUUGGACGAGCCUCAAUUUGCAAAAGCGAUUGGGGAACUCGACGAGUCUAUAUCCGGGUCCGAGUCGUCAGAAGCAGAGGAUGAGGAAGAGGAGGAUGAUCAGCUUUCAGCAUUGCUGAAGAGACAGGCCAAAAUCUCUCAGGUAAACGAUGAGGAUGAAGCACCAUCGAAGAAGAAAACUUCCGGCAGGCCACCACUUUUCUGGCUCGCUAGCACACGUCUGCCUUCCAACAUGUCCUUGGGUGUCUACCGGGCCUUGUUCUCAAAUGCUGAACAGGAUGAGCCCAAACACCUCGUUGAAACCAUUCAAAGGAAGCAGCUUGCACCUAUCAUGCCGCCGAGAGCCAAUGGAAAUGCCCAACAGACGCCGUCAUCCCCCAGCCCUCAUGUUUUCAUGUGCAUGAUCGGAGGCGGCCAUUUCGCCGCAAUGCUGGUCUCGCUGGCUCCCGAAAUUCAUCGGAAGCAGGGCGGUAUCGAGGAUAGACAAGCUCGGGUCAUUGCGCACAAGACAUUUCAUCGUUACACGACCAGACGAAAGCAAGGUGGCUCGCAAUCUGCUAAUGAUGCUGCCAAGGGGGCCGCGCAUUCGGCAGGUUCCAGUCUCAGAAGAUACAAUGAAGCUGCGUUAGAGAAGGAGGUCAGAGAUUUAUUGACCGAUUGGAAGCAGAUGAUUGAUGAGGCCGAACUAUUGUUUGUUCGUGCUACGGGCAGUACAAAUCGUCGAAUCCUUUUCAGCCAGUAUGAGGGCCAGGUUCUCAGGCAAAACGACCCGAGAUUGAGAGGCUUCCCGUUCAGCACCCGUCGGGCAACCCAGGGGGAGCUGAUGCGUUGCUUCAAGGAGCUCACCCGGGUGAAAGUAAGCCAAAUCGACGAAGCCGCGUUGGCGGCUGCAGAGGCCAAGCAACGGGACGAAGUGUCGAAGCCGUCAACUCCACGGCCUCAACAGCAGAAGCCUAAGGUUUCCAAAGAAGAUGAAGCGGCUAUGCUACACACAAGCCAAAUUCAGGCUCUCAUCCGUCGUUCUAAGAUCCCAGCAUUGAUGACUUAUCUAUCUAAGAACUCACUCCCUGCGUCUUUCGCCUUUCGGCCAUCCGACUCUCAGCAAAAUUUCCGCUGUCCCACCCCCCUACACUUCGCUGCCAAUCUUAACUCACCAUCCAUGGUCCUCGCCCUUUUGACCAAAACCACAGCAGACCCAACAGCGACCAAUGGCGAAGGAAGAACCCCAUUCGAGCUUGCUGGGGAUCGUGCGACGCGGGACGCCUUUCGCGUUGCGCGUCAUGAGCUAGGCGAGUCGAAGUGGGAUUGGGAGGCUACCAAAGUGCCGUCACCGAUCUCUCGAGACGAGGCCAAUAGCCGCUCUGAGAGGGAGCGAAAAACCGCAGAGGAAGAAGAGACGAGUCGACGCAAGGUUGAAAUGGAUCGCUUGAAAAAGGAGGAGGUGGCUAGCGCCGCACAACGCGCCUCCAAGAAACCAGCUGGUCGAACGCUGGGUUCUGUUGAGAAGACGGCUUCUGAGAAGAGGGAAGAAGAGAUGCGAGAAACGAAUGGCCACAGCAGCCAGCAGUCCAUGUUCGGUUGUGCUCUGGCUGGCUAUGUCUUGAAUUCUGCUUUUUUGAAACUUAUAAGUGCCGGCGACUGGCUUAACGGUGAUUCUAAUCCAUCGGCCGCACACCAUAUGAAAGUGUUAGUGCAGUAG